GGCGGACGACCUUCGCAGUCGCGGUUCGCUUCUCGCGGCGGACACACCACUCGGUCAAAUACUUGGUCAUGUAAUAAAAUAGUUAUUAGAUAAGUAUUUUUUCUGUGAUAUCCGAAAACAUUUGCAUUUACAUAUUUUUAAGUUACAUUUCUUACUUUUAAGUGUCGUGAAAAGUUAAGUUUAAGUAAAGUUAAUUUAAGUGUUUUGAUGUAAAUUCAGAACUUAAUAAUUAGAUAAAAAUGGCGGCAAUUAACGAAGGCUACACCAAAGGAGCUGGAGACAUAGAACUAAGUUAUGUAGCUGUCAACAAUAAGGCGCAGACCAGAUCCUACGGCUAUGAGGAGGCCCUGGACUUGACAGGCCACGGUUGGUACAACAAGGGGCUGCUGCUGGCGUGCUUCAUGGUGAUCACGGCCAUGGGCAUCGACAUCUUCGGGCUGGGCAUCAUCGUCACCGCCGCCACCUGCGACCUGGGCAUGGACCUGCAGCAGAUCGGCGUGCUGUCCUCUAUGCCGUUUGCAGGCAUCAUCGUGAUGUCGUACCCCUGGGGCUACCUGUCGGACACGCGGGGCCGCAAGCUGGUGCUGAUGUGGGCCAUGGGCGGCAGCUUCGUCAGCGCCGUGCUUAGCAGCUUCGCGCCCAACUGGCAGACCUUAGCGGCGCUGAGGUUCAUCGGCUCUGCUCUGUCGAGCGCAGCGGAGUCGGCGACGUAUGCGCUGCUAGGCGAAUGCUGCACGGCGCGGGUGCGCGCGAAGUACAUGCUGCUCAUGACCAGCGCGCUCAUGCUCACGCCCACCAUAUACUACAUCCUAGGUUAUCUUAUCACCAAGCUGAACUUCUCGACCCCCCUCUGGCUCAUCGUGUACCGUCCCUGGCGGCUGCUGACCCUCGUCAUGGCUCUCCCGUUGGGUCUAGGCGCUCUCUGCCUACACUUCUACGCCGAGAGCCCCAAGUUCCUGGCCAAUGUGGGACGCACCAGCGAAGCUGUGGACGUGCUGCGAGAGAUGUAUACGAAGAAUGGCGGAGUUGGGGAGUAUCCUGUAAAAGAAAUCUACCUGGAAGAUGGCAACAAAGAGGAGGUGGGGGUAUUCUCGCUAAAGUCACUGUGGACCCAGAUUGCGCCGCUGUUCCAGCCGCCUCUCCUCUGGAGAACUCUGCUGCUGUAUUACUUGACUUUCGUCAUUUAUAUUGCCAACAACAGCUUCGCUAUCAUCCUGCCCACGAUAUUCAACGUGUUCUUCACGUCGUACGCAUCGAGCGACGCCGGCGCAGGCUUCUGCGAUCUCUUCGCUGCCGGCAAUAGCGCUAACGCGACUAGCGAGGAUGCUGAAAUAUCAAAGGAGUGCGUGAACACCAUAAACGAUAAUACAAUAUGGGCGGGGUGCGCACAUGGCUUCUCUUUCUUCGUGCUCAACGCGCUUAUAUCGCAGUGCGCUGGCAAGAGAAAGGUGCUGUCCAUAGUGAUCAUGCUGGUCGCCGCGUGCGCAGCGGUCGGCAUCGACAACACUGGCGAGGCGCUGUCGGGGCUGGUGCUGUUCUACGUGUUCCUGACUACCGCCAUGGUCUUCGGAGUCGUGUCCUCAUACUUCGUCGACCUGUAUCCCACUUCGUACAGAGGCAUGGUGGCGUGCGUGGGCAUGAUGGUGGCGCGACUGAGCGCGUUCGCGGGCACCAAUGUGGUGAGCCGCGCCAUGACAGACCACUGCUCUAGCGCACUGUACGGCGCAGCGGGACUGCUCGUCAGUGGCGCGUUAGCGGCGGCGAUCCUUCCCACCGGGGACUUACACACGAACUGAUCAACAACUACCUGAAUUAUUUAUAUUUUACUAAC